CGUUGAACGACCCAAUCAGGCGUCCUAAAAGCGCUGAGUCAGCGGAAUUUCGGGGACUGGCGGAAUUUGCGCAAUAACAAAUCAAUCGAGGAAGGUUUGGUGCGAUUUAAGGUUGAGAGACUGGGGAUUGCUAAGCACUGCUGCGAUCUACUAUGGCGCUGACAAACUACUCCCUGGACAUUUUGCAGCCAUGAUUGCUUUAUGCAAACACGACAAUUUUGCUGUUUCAAUGUGGGCUUGCAAUCCAUGCAAACAUGGACACGCUCUACAGAGUUAUACAACCCCAAUCCUAUAAGAUCGGCAUACCCCCCCCCCACGUCGAGAAUGCAUUCUGAUCGGAUCACUCUUCCUUUCUUCUCAUAUCAUCCACUGUUUCGGAUACCAUGGCACCUGUCAAUGUUGUGAUUGUGGGGGCUGGAGUUGCCGGUCUUGUCAUUGCCCACUCGUUGCUUCAAGGGGUUCCCGAUGCCAAAAUCGUACUGGUCAACCCUUCCCAGACGUUCUACUGGAACAUUGCCUCUCCACGCAUCCUCGCCAAACCAAACGCCUUCAAGCCCGAGCAGUACUUGCUUCCAAUCAAGGAUGCUUUCGCCCAAUACUCGGCCAACUCCUUCGAGUUUGUCGCGGGAACUGCAACCGCCAUCAACGUUGCUGCAAAGACUGUGGCCGUCACGCUCAAUGGUAGUGGUGACUCCAAGGAUUUGUCUUACGAUCAUCUCGUGAUCGCAUCCGGAAGCACCAACCCGUCCGCCACCGGUGCAGUUACCGGAACAUCGAUCCCAUUCAAGCCCUCCAACCGGGAUGAUAUUAAACAGAUUGUCGAGGCUGCCCAACAACAGAUCGCUCAUGCCAAGGAGAUCGUGAUCGGCGGUGCCGGCCCAGUUGGUGUCGAGUUGGCAGGUGAGCUUGCUGAGAGCCUAGGCAGCAAAGCAAGCAUCACUUUGAUCUCUGCUGCAGACCGUGUGCUUCCUAUGAUCAAGCCCUCUGCUAGCGCUGUGGGGGCGAAGAAGCUCCAGGAGAAGAAUGUCAAGGUCAUUACCUCUACCAAGGUGACCGGUGCCGAGGCCUCGACCGAUGGUACCAAGUCUUGGACCGUCACUCUGGACAACGGAAAGAAAUUGUCGGCUGACGUGUACAUUCCCACGACGGGUGCCAUCCCGAACAGCAGCUUUAUUCCUGCAGAGUUCCUUGACGGCAAUGGCUGGGUCAAGGUCAACAAGGAGCUGCGCGUGCAGUCCAACGGUGGCUCUGCCCUGCCCAUCUAUGCCGUCGGCGAUAUCAACACCAAUGAUUUGCGUCUUAGCUUCAAGGCUACCGAACAGGCCAAGGUUGCCGUUGCCAACAUCAAGGCAGAUAUCUUGGGCAAGGGCGAGCGCAAGUCCUUCGAUCAGGGUGACAGUAUCAUGAUGUUGGUGCCCGUCGGGGAGACUGGCGGCACCGGUCAAUUAUUUGGGAUGACACCGUUCAGCUUCAUGGUGAAGUUCGUCAAAGGCAAGGACUACUUUGUGUCCAAGGCGCCACAGUACCUAGCCGGCAAGGCUUGAGAAGAAGUGUGAGAAGGGGGAUAGAGUUACCAGGGCCGGUUAAUACGAGAGUGACUUGUGAUUAGAAUUAAUGGAUAGUUUUAAUGUUUAUACCUUUUGGAAGCCUCCGCCUUGAAGCCAGGACCUGACUAAUACAUGCUUCCACGGCAUUCGUUCGUUGUGGACCAGGAGACGUAGAUGACAUCCAUUCCGCCCCUCAUGAUAUCAUCAGGAAUUCAGCAGAUCGCGGGCAAUACAUCACCACCAUGGUUCGGACUUUGGGGUGG